ACGACAGCAAAGAAAAAAAAACCCUAAAAUCAAGAAUUAAUAAAAAAGAAAACAAAAUAAACUUCUUCUUUCUUUACUACUUCUUCUUCUAAAAACAGGAAAUAACCAUGAAACAUCCUUUGAAUCCCCUUUAAUUAGAUCUUCCACCACCACUCUUCACUCAUUCUCAGCUCUGAUUUUGCAGGUUUAGUUGGUUUUAGCUAGUUUUACGAGAUAAAUCUUUUCCUUGAAUGAGGAAAAGAUUGUAAGGUUGUUUUAGUGGUUUACUUUUUGUUUCAUGGGCAAUUCAUGCCGUGGAUCUUUAGGAAGUAAAUUAGUAGAAGUCCAGAACGAGCCGGUAGAUCAUUCCAAACGAAAUACUUCUGAACAUUCCAACAAUUCUGAUUAUUCGCCAACUAGAUUGAACACUCAAUUGAUUUCUGAAGAAUCCGGGAAAGAUUGUCCUAAGAAAAGUAGUAAAUUGUCUGUUUUUAGUCCAAGAAAGGAUAACAGCAUGAGAAGAGGAAUGGAAAAUCAUGCUUAUUAUGUUUUGGGUCAUCAGACUGCUAAUAUUCGUGAUCUUUACACGUUAGGCCGUAAAUUAGGGCAAGGUCAAUUUGGUACUACUUAUUUGUGUGUUGAGAAUGGUACUGGUCAUGAAUAUGCUUGCAAAUCUAUAUCUAAGAGGAAGUUGAUUUCCAAAGAAGAUGUGGAGGAUGUUAGAAGAGAGAUUCAGAUAAUGCACCAUUUGUCAGGUCACAAGAACAUUGUGUCGAUUAAGGGUGCUUAUGAAGAUCCGUUGUAUGUCCAUAUUGUGAUGGAGUUGUGUGCUGGUGGUGAACUGUUUGAUCGGAUUAUUCAGAGAGGGCAUUACAGUGAGAGAAAGGCAGCUGAGUUGACAAAGAUUAUUGUGGGAGUUGUUGAAGCUUGUCACUCACUUGGGGUUAUGCAUAGAGAUUUAAAACCAGAAAAUUUCUUGUUAAUUAACAAGGAUGAUGAUUUCUCUCUUAAAGCUAUUGAUUUCGGGCUCUCAGUCUUCUUCAAACCAGGUCAGAUCUUCACUGAUGUUGUUGGAAGCCCAUAUUAUGUUGCUCCCGAGGUUCUCUGUAAACAUUAUGGGCCAGAAGCAGAUGUGUGGACAGCUGGAGUCAUUCUCUACAUAUUGCUUAGUGGUGUACCACCUUUCUGGGCAGAAACGCAGCAAGGGAUAUUCGAUGCUGUAUUGAAGGGAGAGAUUGACUUCGAUUCAGACCCAUGGCCUGUGAUUUCAGACAGUGCCAAAGACCUUAUCCGGAAGAUGCUUUGCUCUAAGCCAUCUGAUCGCCUGACGGCUCAUCAAGUAUUAUGCCAUCCUUGGAUAUGCGAGAAUGGUGUGGCUCCUGAUCGUUCACUGGAUCCAGCUGUCCUCUCCCGUUUGAAGCAAUUCUCUGCAAUGAAUAAAUUGAAGAAGAUGGCUUUGAGAGUUAUAGCUGAAAGUUUAUCAGAGGAAGAGAUUGCUGGGUUAAAGGAGAUGUUUAAGGCAAUGGAUACUGAUAACAGUGGUGCAAUUACAUUUGAUGAACUCAAAGCGGGUUUGAAAAAAUAUGGCUCUAACUUGAAGGAGUGGGAGAUCCGUGAUCUGAUGGAUGCAGCAGAUGUAGACAACAGCGGGACUAUCGAUUAUGGGGAAUUCAUUGCUGCAACUGUACAUCUUAACAAGCUGGAACGUGAGGAACACUUGGUUGCAGCAUUCGCUUAUUUUGACAAAGACGGUAGUGGUUAUAUUACAGUUGACGAACUCCAGCAAGCUUGUGUGGAGCAUAACAUGACUGACGUUCUUCUUGAGGAUAUCAUUAAAGAAGUUGAUCAAGAUAAUGAUGGUAGGAUCGAUUAUGGUGAGUUUGUGGCUAUGAUGACAAAGGGAUCUGCUGGAAUUGGACGAAGAACCAUGCGAAACAGUGUGAAUAUAAGCAUGAGAGAUGCUCCUGGGGCCCUCUAACAACAUAUCAUGCGUACAUGGUGUACAGGUCGUGUAAAACAAGGCUAGAACAGAAGAUUCAGAGAAGUAGCUUUAGAGAUGCAGCCUUGGUUCCUCACUAGCUUUGAAGCCUUGCAGGUGUAUUUUCAACAAUUUUGGAGAUGGAGAUUUGAUUCUGAGAACUUCACCCCAGCUUGUGUUGGUAAAUGAUUUUGAAAGUAACAUGUAUCUCCAGUCUCCAACUUAAAGUGUUUGCCUGCUGUUUGACGUUUGAAGUUUUAUUUGCAUUGUUGUAAUUUGUGAUUUGUAUCCUUCGCGAUCAACAGAAAUAGGUUACCGUGAUUGUAAACAUGUUCCAAUUAUGUAAUUAGCUGGGCUUUCUUUAAAAAAAGAAGAGAUUUUAGGGAUUGCAGGUUGACUA